GGAAGAGGAGGUGUGGGGCUGGAGGCUAGGCGGACAGAGGGAAGGGAGCAAAGCUGCUGGAGAGACAGAGAGCAGUGGACUGACUCUUAGCUCGGACAGGGUCAUUACAACAACCCCGGGAUUGUUUGGACUCAAUAUCAGUUCUCGUAACCAUGUCUACCAGAGGAAAGGGGAGCAGAUUCGGAUACAGAGGCAGUGUGAAAGACGCUCAGGACUUUUCCGCUAAUCAAGAUGCAGAAACGCUCUACAACGCAAUGAAGGGAUUUGGCAGCGAUAAAGAAACCAUCAUAGACUUAUUGACCUCCAGGUCCAAUGCUCAACGUCAGCAGAUCUGUGCGGGUUACAAGACUCUUUAUGGAAGGGACCUGAUCGAUGAUCUGAAGUAUGAACUAACUGGAAAAUUUGAGAGACUGAUCAUCGGCCUCAUGAAACCUCCUGCAGUUUAUGAUGCCAAAGAGCUGAGCGAUGCGAUCAAGGGAAUUGGAACUGAUGAGAAGUGUGUGAUUGAAGUUCUUGCAUCAAGAAACAACAAGCAGAUCCAUGAGCUGACUGAAGCUUAUAAAGAAGAGUAUGAGUCAGAUCUGGAAGCAGAUAUCGUUGGCGACACAUCGGGACACUUCAAAAAGAUGUUGGUGGUUCUCCUGCAGGGAACCAGAGAAAAAGAUGAUGUUGUCAGUGAAGAUCUGGUGGCCCAGGAUGCAAAGGAGCUGUAUGAAGCUGGGGAGCUGCAGUGGGGAACCACAGAGAGCUCGUUUAUUACUAUCCUCGGAAACCGAAGCUUUUGCCAUCUUCAGUUGGUGUUCGACGAGUAUCAGAAGAUUGCUGGAAAGGAAAUCGAAGAGAGCCUGAGGGGUGAACUGUCGGGUGAUUUUGAGAAGCUGAUGCUGGCAGUGGUCCGAUGUGCCAGAAACACUCAGGAAUAUUUCGCUUCCAGACUAUACAAAGCGAUGAAGGGUAUGGGUACGAGGGACAACACUCUGAUCCGAAUCAUGAUUUCCCGCAGUGAGAUCGAUAUGUUGGACAUCAGGGAAGAGUUUAGGAUGAAGUAUGAGAAAUCGCUGCACAAUACGAUUAGGAGCGACACCUCUGGCGAUUACAAGCGAGCUCUGCUGCGACUCUGUGGAGGCGAUGAUGACGCUGCAGGUGAAUUCUUCCCCGAGGCUGCGCAAGUUGCCUAUCAGAUUUGGGAAGUCAGUGCCGUCACCCGAAUGGAGCUAAAAGGGACGGUGCGCCCAGCUCCCGAUUUCAAGCCAGAAGUGGACGCCAAGGCACUCCGCAAGGCGAUGAAAGGAUUCGGCACCGAUGAAGAAACAAUCAUUGAUAUAAUUACCCAGAGAAGCAAUGCACAGAGACAGCAGCUGCGACAGCAGUUUAAAUCUCAACUGGGCAGGGAUCUGAUGGCAGACCUGAAAUCAGAGGUUGGUGGCGUUUUACAAAAGAUCAUUCUGGGCUUAAUGAUGACUCCAGCUCAGUUUGAUGCAAAGCAGCUGCAGAAAGCUAUCCAGGGUAUUGGCACUGACGAAAGGGCCCUGAUAGAAAUUGUGACCACAAGGACAAACCAAGAGAUAAGAGCCAUCAAUGAAGCUUACAAAGAAGCCUACCACAAGAGUUUGGAGGAUGACCUAAGCUCAGAUACAUCUGGUCACUUUAAGAGACUUCUGAUCUCACUGGCUCAGGGAAACAGAGAGGAAGGGGAAGCAGAUCUGACACGUGCCAUGGAGGAUGCAAAGGAAUUGUGCAGCUCAACUGAUGAAGACUCUGGUUCCAUGGAGUCAAAGUUCAUCAGCAUCCUGUGCAUGAGAAGCUACCCACACCUCAGGAGAGUUUUCCAGGAUUACAUUAAACUCACUAACAGAGACAUCGAGCAGACUAUCAAGAACGAUAUUUCUGGAGACCUGAGGAAUGCACUAAUUGCUAUUGUUCGCUCCAUCAAGAACAAGCCAGCAUUCUUUGCAGAACGCCUGUACAAGUCAAUGAGGGGUGCAGGAACAGAUGACCGAACACUGAUCAGGAUCAUGGUGUCCAGGAGCGAAAUUGAUCUGUUAAACAUCCGGCACGAGUUCAAACAGAUGUACGAUGUGUCUCUCUUCUCCUUUAUAGAGGGAGACACUUCAGGAGACUACAGCAAGGUCCUGCUGGCACUGUGCGGUGGUGAGGACUAGAAGAUGUCAACUUGUUGGACCGCGUUGCUGUUGCCCUCUACCUUUGCAGCGAUACAGGGCAAAGGCUAUCAGGCUCCACUGCUGAAGCAGGGCCUGACUGGAUGUCAAUGCGGGCGAGAGGGGAAAGGGAUUGUCACUCUUCCACCCGCCACCUCACACCCCACACAGCCCCCCAACCCCAUGUUUGUGUCUAUCAAAGCACUGAACAAGGAGUUGAGUUUGAUGGUCUUUUAUGCCCUUCUAUAUCACGACUAGUUCAAGGUAUUUAAUGCAGCAAAACACCUCCCAUAAUUUCACAAUCCGAUCAUCAGAUGCCUAAAUUUCUUUAGUCAGCAUUGAGCCCUGGGGUAAAAUGUUUCAAAGUUUCAUGGUCCAGCUCCACAAUUGUGACUCAGCUUCUCCCCGCAACCCCCCCCGCCGCGGGAGCUCUCCCUACCCUCAGCCCUCACCACACCGCCCCCCGCCCCCCACCUCAGUCUGCCCUGCAAUCUGCCUCACUGCCGCAUGCCCAACACCCUCGUCCCUCGUCUUCCCCAAGCUGCACUGGAUCCCGGAGGAUUGCUGUCAAGAUCUCCGACCCUCGUUUUCAAAACAUCUCUCCACGUUGUUCCUGUCCUUCCUCCAGUUAAGAAUCCCCGCCUCCACUUUCCUCCCCUCCCCCAUGGUUCCUGCUCCAAUGUUAACUCCGCGUUCAGCCUCGCCGCUCAGGCCUCGAGAUCUCUCCACCUCGUCACUUCACCCCUGCCUUUCAAAAUCUUCUCGCUCUGACUGUCUACUCUUUGACCUCCCAAGUUUCAUAAAUAUUUCAAUUAAAUUUCUUUAAUUUUACUUUCAAUAUAUAGUUCUCAAAUCAACACUGUUUUAAAGAUUUUUUAAAAACUUGAACUUAUUUUAAAAAUCUUCUCCUCCAUCAGCUGAAUUUUAAAUUAGGCAGCAAAUUUUCACCAUUUGCUGUGCAUCUUCCAAUCCCACUGCCCCUCCCCUAGCCCCAUCUACGCCCCUCCAGCUGCCUGACCCUCCCCACCC